AUGCCAUCAACCGUCGGUAAGAGUAAUGACCCAACGAUCGUCGCCUAUGGCCCGGCGCGCUCGACAAUCAAGGGCCAGCCCCUGGAGGCCGAAGAGCUUCGGAAGACCGAUGCGUACUUCCGAGCCAGCAUGUACCUCUGCUUGGGUAUGCUCUACCUGCGGGAUAACGUCCUCCUGAAGGAACCUCUUCGGACCGACCAUCUCAAGGCUCGACUUCUGGGACACUGGGGAUCCGACGCUGGUCAGUCAUUCACCUGGAUUCACAUGAACCGCCUCAUCAAGAAGUACAAUCUGGAUGUGCUCUUCGUUUCCGGUCCCGGUCACGGCGCCCCGGGUGUCCUUUCGCAGUCCUAUCUUGAGGGCGUAUACUCGGAGGUCUACCCCGACAAGUCGGAGGACGCCAAGGGAAUGCAGAAGUUCUUCAAGCAGUUCUCUUUCCCCGGCGGCAUCGGCAGCCAUGCCACCCCCGAAACUCCAGGUAGUAUCCACGAGGGUGGUGAACUGGGCUACUCGAUCUCGCAUGCUUUCGGCACCGUCUUCGACCACCCCAACCUCAUCACCUUGACCAUGGUGGGCGACGGUGAAUCUGAGACCGGCCCCCUGGCCACCAGCUGGCACAGCACCAAGUUCCUGAACCCCUGCGUGGACGGUGCCGUCCUGCCUGUCCUCCACCUCAACGGAUACAAGAUUAACAACCCUACCGUCCUUGCGCGUAUCAGCCAUGAGGAACUCGAAUCCCUGUUCCACGGCUACGGAUGGACCCCGUACUUCGUCGAAGGCAGCGACAGGGAAAGCAUGCACCAGGCCAUGGCGGCGACGCUCGAGCACUGCGUCAACGAGAUCAGGAAGUUCCAGAAGCAGGCCCGCGAGUCCAACAAGCCCUUCCGUCCUCACUGGCCGAUGAUCGUCCUGCGAACCCCCAAGGGAUGGUCCGCCCCCCGCGACGUCGACGGCAAGCUCCUCGAGGGCUUCUGGCGGUCCCACCAAAUCCCUAUUCCCGAUGUCUGGUCGAACCCCAAACACCUUCAGGUGCUCGAGUCGUGGAUGCGGAGCUACAAGCCGGAGGAGCUCUUCGAUAAGGACGGAAAGCUGAUCCCGGAGUUGAAGGAGCUUCCACCGACUGGCAACCGACGCAUCAGUGCCAACCCCGUUGCCAACGGUGGGAUCCUGCGCAAGCCCCUCGAUAUGCCUGACUUCCGGGAUUAUGCUCUCAAGGAAAUCGAACCCGGCGUGUCGAUCCGUGGUAGCAUGGUGAACAUGUCCAAGUGGCUGCGCGACGUUAUUGCCAACAACCAGAAGUCCUUCCGGCUGUUCGGCCCCGAUGAGACCGAGUCCAACAAGCUGAGCGAGAUCUACAAGGCCGGAAAGAAGGUGUGGAUGGGCGAGUAUUUUGAGGAAGAUCAAGAUGGCGGCAACCUGGCCCCCGAAGGCCGCGUGAUGGAAAUGCUCAGCGAACACACGUGCGAGGGCUGGCUGGAAGGCUACGUUCUUUCCGGACGCCAUGGGCUCCUCAACAGCUACGAACCCUUCAUCCAUAUCAUCGACUCCAUGGUCAACCAACACUGCAAAUGGAUCGAAAAGUGUCUCGAGGUCGAGUGGCGCGUCAAGGUGGCCUCGCUGAACAUCCUCCUCACGGCGACGGUGUGGCGUCAGGACCACAACGGCUUCACCCACCAGGACCCUGGAUUCCUGGAUGUUGUGUCGAAUAAGAGCCCCGAGGUGGUGCGAAUCUACCUCCCGCCUGAUGGAAACUGUCUCCUGUCCGUAAUGGAUCACUGCCUGCGUAGCGUCAACUACGUCAACGUGGUGGUCGCCGACAAGCAGGACCACAUCCAGUACCUCAGCAUGGAGGAGGCCAUCGAACACUGCUCCAAGGGUGUCGGUAUCUGGGACUGGGCGAGCAACGACCAAGGCGUGGAGCCCGACGUGGUCAUGGCGUCCUGCGGUGACGUGCCUACCCAUGAGGCCCUGGCGGCGACGGCGCUCCUGCGCGAGAACAUCCCGGAUCUCAAAGUGCGGUUCGUCAACGUCGUCGACCUGUUCGUGUUGAUUUCCAAGAUCAACCAUCCCCACGGCAUGACGGAUCGCCACUGGAAGGCCGUCUUCACGGACGAUAAGCCCAUCGUCUUCAACUUCCACUCGUACCCGUGGCUCAUCCACCGUCUGACGUACAAGCGGCCGGGCCAGCACAACCUGCACGUGCGAGGAUACAACGAAAAGGGAAAUAUCGAUACGCCCUUCGAACUGGCUAUUAGGAACAAGACGGACCGGUAUAGUCUCGCUAUCGACGCCAUCGAUCGCGUCCCGUCACUCCAUAACAAGGCGGCUGCCGUUCGGGAGAAGUUCAUCAAUGAACAGCUUGCGGCGAGGGGGUGGGCGUAUGAUCAUGGCAUUGAUCCGGACCAUAUCCGCAACUGGACCUGGGCCUAUCCCAGAAAGAAGAAGAACGUUGAUUAG